GAUUUAUUGUGACCCAGUCCCAAUAGCAGCUCGGUUAGGCCAACUGGUCUGUAUAACUUGCUACGUGCUGUCUGUUUGCUGGGACCGUCACCAUGUCAGUCGGCCUGGACGCAUACACCGCAGCGGAGGUGAUCGAGUUUGUCUCGCGCACGGGGGUGACCAAGGGCAACAUGCGCCUCGACAAGGUGUUCCUGAGCUCGGUGUCCGCGGGCUGUCUCCUGGCGUUUGCGUGCGGGACGGCCCUGAGCACCAACACCAGCUCGUGGUUCCAGGAGAACGCCCCCGGGUUGAUCCGGACCAUUGGCGCGCUGGUCUUCCCGUACGGACUGUGCAUGAUUAUCCUGACCGGGGCGGAUCUGUGCACGGGCUCGUUCAUGUAUACGACCGUGGCUGCCCUACAGCGGCAGAUUCCGUGGUGGAGGAUGCUGCUGCAUUGGUUCAUUACCUUCUGGGGAAACCUGUGCGGAUCGCUGUUUGUCGUGGCGAUUAUCUUCGGGUACGGCAACGUCUUCGCCGUCGACCCAUACAAAUCCGAGGCCAUCUCAUUCGCGACCAAGAAGCAAGUCACUCCGGAGUUCCAACAGAUCUUCGUGCGCGGAAUCGGCUGCAACUGGCUGGUCUGUCUGGCGUGUUUCUUCGGGCUGCAGGGCCGCGAUCUCGCGUCCAAGGUGAUCGGGAUCUGGUGGCCGAUAUUCGCCUUCGUGUCGCUGGGCCUGGAUCACGUCGUCGCCAAUAUGACCUUCAUUCCGCUGAGCAUCUGGCUCGAGGCGCCGGGGAUCACCGUCGGGCUGUAUAUCUGGAAGGGGAUCAUCCCGACCCUGCUGGGGAAUAUUGUCGGGGGUGGGCUAUUUGUCGGCACGUACUACUGGUACAUGUAUCUCGUGCAGGGGGAGUGGUUGACCCUGGCGGGGUUGAGGAGGCAGUAUGCUAACUCGUCCGAGACGAGUGCGGGGAAUGGGGUGGAGGGACGGGGGGACGUGGAAGCGGAGGCUGGGGUGGUUGAUGGGAACGUUAAGAGAGAUACGUGA